CUUGUUUAUCAGGAGAAGAUACAAGAAAUGGAAAAGUUUGUGCUUGCUUCCAUGUCAGAAGUGCGUGAAGAAGCUCGAAGAGCAGUUGCUGAGUUACAUAAUGAAAUCGACAAUUACAAAAAAGAGCAUGAGGACCAAGCGGCAAUGAUUACGGAAGAGAUGUCUUUAUUUGAAAGCCAGGUGUCUGACAGAUUGACUAAAGUCGAGAGCCAGCUGACCAAUCGUCUGUCUGAGUUAGAGUCGAGGAUCAAAGUUGCAAGCGAACGAAUUCGAACGCUGAACACAUCGAAUUCGUUGAAAUCGGCAAAUGACUCUGCGAGAGAGAUUUUCAACGAAAUGAAAAGAAGACAUGCGCUGAAUCUGGCAAGCAGAUCGCAUGGUGCGUCUGUAAUAUCACACUUGACCUCGAAAGCAACUUCAUCCAGCUCCUUACUACUGAAUCUGGUUGACUCGGUAUUUCCACUGGAGACAUACAACUUUGCAAUUACAGUAAGCCCGUAUCCAUCUCCCCUAGCGUUCCUUAUUAUCAGUUAUUUGGCUUUACUUUAA